AUGAGAAUGGAUCCUUUUGUUGUCAGAGGUCUAGUCGAGGCUGGAUGGGCCGGCUACCCAUCAGCCGGAUACUCUGCCUCCUACCUUGGCUCCUCCCUCACAGCUUGUCCCUCAGGUCACGCCCACGCCCACAUUACGUCUUCACUCCCGCCCACGUUGCAGCGGGAAGGAGCGAUCGCAGAAGCCAUGGCGUCAAGCAGUCAUUUAAGUUUGAUGACGGAGCACCGUGGAGGUGACGGGAACCUGACGCUGUCGAAGGAUCUGCUGUCUGGUCCUCCAUCAGUGUUGCCUCCUGCCGUCUCCGUCGCCACCUCCCUGGGAAUGCUGGGGGGCGGAGCUAGCAUCCUAGGGGGUGGAGUUAACGGGUUAGGGGGAGGAACCACUGUGUUAGGGGGCGGGGCAAACGGUUUAAGGGGCGGGGCCAACGGUUUAGGGGGUGGAGCCAGUAUGUUAGGAGGAGGAGUUAGCGUUAUUGGGGGCGGAGUUAAUGGACUGGGAGGAGUAACAAGCAUUUCAGGGGGCGGGACAAAUCUGCUUGGGGGCGGACCUGGUGUGUAUUUGACUCCGCCCAUCCUCCCUGCUUCCAUCCUUUACUCUUCAUUAUGCUCUGCCCUCCCACACACGCCCACCUCCUCUGCCCCACCCUCAGUCAUACAAGAGGACAUGGCCCUCCCUUCUAGUUCGUCUCUGCCCCCUUUGUCUAGGGUCAGUCCCUCUACUGGUCACCGUCCUCCUGACCCUGUCUGGCGUCCCUAUUGACCUAAGGUGGGCAUAAGAAAAUCUCAGAGGACAAAGUGUUCAAAUUGCUGCCGUCGAGUGCCUGGAAGAGGAAUCAAGUGCACUCAGUGCCUCAGGGGAGAGUUUCUACAACUCUGGGCAAAUAAAUAAUCACAACGAGCCGGUUUCCCAGUGAUGGUAGCAUAAAUUGUUCUGUCCAUUCGAGGUGACUCGUUGAGUUCAGCCAUUGUAAAUGACUCUGGUCAGUGACAAUAACUCGGCAGAUGUGACUAAUCACAGUGAUUUACUUAAUCUGACCACUGAUCAAUCGCAGUGCCUAUGAAUAACCACAGUUCCUUAGUCUAAUUCACAGUGCCUCUGACCAAUCACCACUUCUGAGUGGCUCUGAUCAAUCAUUGCAGUGCCCGAUUGAGUCUGACCGAUAUUUGUGACUCAGUUCGACCAGUCUUUCAAUAGUGUUAGUGCCUCUGCAAGCGUCGUAAGAUUUCUUCUCUAACCAGUGUCCUUGUCGAAGAAAAUUUACCUGUGCUCAGAGAAGAAUUGAAAAAAAAAACAUCAAAGUUCUUGAGUUCCUUGAAAAAUCUGAAGAAUUACAAUAACACAGUGAACUUACAUUAGUUGGAAUGCACAAAAAGCGAAUAAUAAAAGUCUUUAAGUGGUGCCUAUGCUAGCCUAAAUUAUUUUUACAUAUUAAUGUGAUUGAAUUUUUAUAAUUAAAAAAACACAUUAGGCGUAAAAUCCGGUAAAGUCGUUUAGCAAAAAGUGAAUACACAUUGUGGGUAAAGAAAUGGGUAAAAAAGAAUAAUGAAACACACACAAAAAAAAAUUAUCAGUAAAUGGAUAUAACUCAAAAAAUUAAUAAAUAUACCACAUAAAAAACAUAAAUAAGUGAAAGUAUGACAGAAAUCGAUUAAGUGGAAUACGACAGAAGGUAAAUAAGAGAAUAUCCAAAUUAGGAGCGAUAGAUACGGAAGGAAGGCAUCAAAUGUUUCGUCACAGUAGAGAGAAAUGAAGAGGAAAUAAAAGGAAAUGAAGAGGAAAUAAAAGGAAAUGAAAUAAAAUCAGCUUAUAUAGAAAGAUAUGUAUAAAAAUGGAAAUAUCCAGAGUUACGUCACAAAAUAAACGAUCCAAUCAGGAAAAAAUAUUUCAUAAAACGAGCUAGGUAAUCUGAGUGGUACUUAAGAGGGUAUGAAUGAGGGAGCUAGAAAGGCGUUAGGAAUUGCCCUGACACUCAGGAGAGCGGUAACAACCAUUCUUGAGGGGAAAUCAGGAGGCUUCUGUUAAGUGGUGGUGGAGGUAGCAAGGUGCUUCACCACUCAAGUGGUGAUGGAGGUAGCAAGGUGUUCCAUCACUCACCACUCAACUGGUGGUGGAAGUAGCAAGGUGCUUCACCACUCAACUGGUGGUGGAGGUAGCAAGGUGCAUCACCACUCAACUGGUGGUGGAGGUAGCAAGGUGCUUCACCACUUAAGUGGUGGUAGAGGUAGUAUGAUGCUUUAUCUCUGAGGAAAUGUGACACAAGACAGGCGUGAGGAACUCCACAAUUGGUAUUACCGUACCUACGUGUACAUCAGUGCCUUGUAUGCCAGGAGUGGCCCAUUAUUAUUAUUAAGUG